AUACAUUGUCGAAUUGACCAAAAACGAUACAUUGUAUAUGGCCCGAGUUUUAGCAUAAUCAGCAGAAAACAAUGAUGGAGCUUUCAUUCCGAAUUUGGAGAAUGACAAAGCCAUCUUGAUCUUUCGAAAUGCGUGCAUCAUAGGCAGAUUACAAAGGCAUAAUUAAGAUAGCGUUGGAUAUGAUAACAUAAAAGAAUGAUCGAUAUUUAAGACGGAUGGCAUGUAAGGAAGAUUCUGAUCCUACCAAUUACUUGGAGACCGAAGCUUUACGGAAUGAUAAUCUAAAGUAUCUUUUGGAAUUCCCAGCGAUAGUCUCGAUCGAAGAUCCUUUCGAUUUAGAAGAUUGGAAUGGUUGGUUGACGAUCAAGGAAUUCAAAGUCAGUGAUGAUCUUAUCGCGAUGAAUAUCAAGAGAAUCAAAAAAGCGAAAGAAAAAAAUGUUGCGAAUUAUUUCAUGAGAAUAUCGCAAAUCGACACUGUGACAGAGAUCAUUGAUUGCACAGGAAUGGACUGGGGCUAUAUUGUGAACUCUGAUGAAACGGAAGACAAUUUUGUCGCUGAUUUAACAGUUAGACUUUUCAGUAGCCAAUUCAAAGCUGGGGUAUUUUGCAGAGAUAAAAAAUGGCCAAGUACAAUCAGAUAUUGAGAAUUGAAGAAAAAUUCAAUAAAGAUGUCAAAUAUGUUGUAACAAGAUAUCAGAACUCUUAAUAGAAAGAUAACGCAAAUAAUCAAAAUAUAUACAAGGAUUGGAAA